UCAGGGUCAAUUUUGCUGCCCAUUAAAAUUAAGCAUUUUCUUUUUCUUUCUCACACUUUAAUUCCCACAAUCGGUCGUUCGUAAAGUUGGUUGGUAAGGAAGUAGUAACACCUUAACCUUUUUCUCUCUAUAUUUCUCUCUCUUUUCUGUUCUACUCUUGAUCAGAAAGAGGGGUGAAAAUGGCUUCAGAUGGUAAAGUUCACACCUUUGACGAAGUUUCAAAGCACAACAGUAGCAAGGAUUGCUGGUUAAUUAUCUCCGGAAAGGUCUAUGAUGUAACUCCUUUUAUGGAAGACCAUCCUGGUGGUGAUGAAGUUCUCUUAUCUGCAACUGGCAAAGACGCAACAAACGAUUUUGAAGAUGUGGGACACAGUGAUUCAGCCAGAGAGAUGAUGGACAAAUACUACGUUGGAGAAAUCGACGUAUCAACUGUCCCUCUAAAGCGCUCAUAUGUUCCACCACAACAAGCUCAUUACAAUCAUGACAAGACACCCGAGUUUAUUAUCAAGAUCUUACAGUUCCUGGUACCCCUUCUCAUCUUAGGUCUGGCUUUCACAGUGCGUCACUACACCAAAAAGGAGGAUUAGAAAAUUAUCUGUCCUCUGGAGUGAAUCUAGGCAUGUAUCAAUUAGCUAUUCAGUCCUUGGAUUAUUGAUCAUUAUUCAGUUGGUUGUGUCUGAAGGUUCUGUUCUAGUUUCUAUCAUGCUAUAUUACUGUGAUUCUGGAUGUACACUCAGGUCACUGUUCUGCUGCUCAUUGGAUAAUUGUAUGUGGCAAACCUUUGUUAAGAAUUUCAAUGUGUUUGUGCUUUGCAGUAAUAUCUUUCGUUAUAAGUUUAUCAGUGUUAAUUCUCA